AUGGUCAACGAACGAGCACCCCCGCGGCCAGCCGCAGCACUGCAACGCCGCUCGAGCGAUGACGAAGACGACAUCAUCAGCGCUAUGAGGAAUCUCGCCGCCCUGAAGCCCAUCGCGAGACAGGGUCUGGCAUCGCAGAACGGUGACGGCGACGACAACGAUACGGCCUCCUCCUCUUCGGCACGUCAGCAACCCAACCACGGGAGGAUGAUGUCUUCCCUCAAGCAAAAGGCCAACGUCUUCAACCAGAGGUCGUCACGACCGGAACACCACCUCAUGAACGCCAACAGGGUCAGACCGCCCCCCGCACCACCAUCCUACAGGAACCGCAAGGCGCCACCGCUGCCCGUGUUCAGCUCCAACAGCGGCAGCUCCGGAGGCGGGGGCGGUGGUGGGGGGGGGUUUGGUGGCUUCGGAGGUGCCGACGAGGUGUUCUAUACGGAUCCCAACAAGGCGAAUGAGGACUUGAAGAAUCUCCUCGAAGGGAACAUGGACGACGAUGACGAUGACGAGGAGGGGGAGGGGGGGGGGGGGGGGGAGGAGGAAGCACGGAAGGAGGGAGGUGGGGGCGGGACAGAGCAUGCGUCCGAGGACCCAAAGAGCGGUUUCAUCAGGGGACUGGAGGUCAGACUGCUUCCGCACCAGGUCGAGGGUGUGGAGUGGAUGCGCGGACGAGAGCUCGGCCCCGUCAAGAGGGGGAAGGUGCCCAAGGGCGGUAUCCUCGCCGAUGACAUGGGACUGGGAAAGACGCUGCAGACCAUCUCGCUCAUCUUGACGAACCAGAAGCCCGCCAGGGACGCCAGGGACGCCAGGGACACGGGUGACGGGAAGGGCGGCAGCCGGUGGAAGAAGCACUACGAGGGGGUGGACAAGACCACCCUGGUGGUGGCGCCGCUGGCCCUGAUCCGUCAGUGGGAGGCCGAGAUGGACGACAAGGUGGCCAAGGCCCACCGGCUCAAGGUGUGCGUGCACCACGGGCCCGGCCGCACGAAGGACGGCGAGGACCUGGCGCGGUACGACGUGGUGGUGACGACGUACCAGAUCCUGGUGUCCGAGUUCGGGGCGUCGUCGGAAGACGUCAAGGUCGGCUGCUUCGGCGUCAACUGGUGGCGCGUCGUCCUGGAUGAGGCCCACACCAUCAAGAACCGCAACGCAAAGGCCACGAAGGCCUGCUGUGCCCUCCGAUCCGAGUAUCGCUGGUGCCUGUCGGGGACGCCGAUGCAGAACAACCUCGACGAGCUGCAGUCGCUCAUCAAGUUCCUCCGCAUCCGCCCCUACGACGACCUGCGCGAGUGGAAGCAGCAGAUCGACCUGCCGCUCAAGAACGGAAAGGGUCACAUCGCCAUCCGCCGCCUCCACUCGGUCCUGCGCUGCUUCAUGAAGCGCCGCACAAAGGACAUACUCAGGGAGGAGGGAGCCCUGAUCCCCGGCGGUAAACCUACGGCAUCCGGCGACAAGGGGAAGGGUGACGCCGCCGCCGAUGCCGAUGCCGAUGCCGAUACCGAUGCCGAUGCCGGUGGCAAGACCAAGUCGAUGACCACCAGCGGCUUCAAGGUCACCCAGCGCAAAGUCGUCCUCGUCUCCACCGAGCUCACGCCCGCCGAGCGCAAGUUCUACACCAGGCUCGAGGCCCGCGCCGACAGAAGCAUCGAGGCCAUGAUGGGCGGCAAGGUCAACUACGCCGGCGCCCUGACCCUGCUGCUCCGCAUGAGGCAGGCGUGCGACCACCCCAAGCUCGUUGCCGGGAAGCUGGACAAGGAUGCCAUGUCUACCGGUCUCGGCGGUGGCGGCCCAAAGCUACAGGACAAAGAGACGGUCGCCGCCGAUGUCGACUCCAUGGUCGACAUGUUUUCCGGCAUGGGCCUCGCCGCCGUCGCCAAGAGCUGCUCCAUCUGCGGUAGCAAGCUGGCCGGUGAAGAUGUCCGUCUCGCCAGGGACAUGUGCACGGACUGCUCUAAUGACCUGGCCUAUUUUGACGGGAAAGGUUCAGACAAGGACAAGAAGAAGAAGGAGAAGAAGACCAAGACGACGACGACGACGAAGAAGAAGAAGAAGGAGUCCAGGAAGAUGCCAGCAGGAACUGCGAAGCCUCAGGCUCAGCCUCGUCGUCGUCGCAAUCGCAAUGCCGUGGUCGUCGACAGCGACGACGAGGAUGAUGACGAGGGAAGCUGGAUUGUGCCCGAGGACCAGAGGGAUGGAUCGGACCUCGGCAAGGCUGGCGGUCAGUCGGAUGAGGAUGCCGAAGGUGGUGGUCAGUGGCUCAGGCACGAAGACUCGGACGAGGACUCUGACGAGGAGGAAGGGGAUGAGCAGAGCCGUGAUCUGAGCGGGUUUGUCGUCGAUGACGAGACCAAUGACGACGACGACGACGACGACGAUUCGCUCCUGUCGAUCUCCGCCAUCACCAAGCAGAUGGCGUCUCAGACGCUAGAGGACGACAGGUCAUCCCCCAAGAAGGUACCUGACAAGAAGAAGAAGUCUGCCGGAAGGGUAGUAGACUCAUCUGAUGAGCAAGGGGACGAGGACGAGGAGGACGAGGAGGACGAGGAGGAAGACGAUGAGAGCGACGACGCAGAUGAGAGCAGUGACAGCGGAAGCUCGGUGGGCGCCAACUCGAAGAUGCACGCGUCGGCCAAGAUCCGCGAGCUCCUCAGGAUCCUCCGCGGCGAGGCGGCAGAGCACAAGUUCAUCGUCUUCUCGCAGUUCACGUCGAUGCUGGACCUGGUGGAGCCGUUCCUGGAGGACGAGGGACUCGGCUUCACCCGGUACGACGGCAGCAUGCGCAACGACGAGAGGGAGGAGAGCCUGCGCAGCCUGCGCAAGGACGCUCAGACUCGCAUCCUCCUCUGCAGUCUCAAGUGCGGCAGUCUGGGUCUCAAUCUCACUGCGGCCACGAGGGUUGUCAUUCUAGAACCAUUUUGGAAUCCGUUCGUCGAAGAACAGGCCAUCGAUAGAGUCCACCGUCUAACUCAGACAGUAGACGUGGUAAUCUACCGGCUGACGGUGUCCAACUCGAUCGAGGAGCGCAUCCUGGCCCUCCAAGACAAGAAAAGGGAGCUGGCAGAGCAGGCGAUAGAGGGUGGCAUGCGCAAGGGUGCCUUCAAGCUCGGCAUCAACGAGAUCAUCGACCUCUUCAAACCGGGUGCUGCGCAUGUGGGCGGCCCCGAUCCCGUUCCCGUUCCAGAUCCCGUCCCGCAUCAUGCCGUAGAUCAGACGACGUCCCGUCCUGGUGGUAGCGGCGGCAGCAGCAAUACAUCUAGGAGUGGUAGCGGUCUUGUGAGGAAGAAUCAUGGUAUUCAGAGGCAGGAAAGCGAGGUGUUUGGUCGGAGGUGGUGA